AUGAUCCAUCAGCAACAACAAGAGUCUUUGUUCCGUAAUAGUAAACGUGAGGAGGAAGCAAUAACGAAAGCCAUCUUAGCGGUUUUACCGACGGCGUCAAAAGCGUCUCCGCCACUGCGAAAAAGAAGGGCCACCGCUUUUAAGAGAUAUUACUACAUGGGUAACGGAGGUGGUGGGAAGCAAAGCGUAGGGAAGCAAAGUAUGAUGAUAAGAGCGAUAUCGUUUUACACUAGGCUUAACAUCUACCGGAGAGAGCGUUUUGCUAGGGCAAACUCUACUAUAGGAGGCGGCGGCGGCGAUGGAAUCAGGCCAAACGCAACGCAGUUGCAUCAUAUGAUAUCGGAGAGGAGACGGCGAGAGAAGCUUAAUGAGAGCUUUUUAGCAUUGAGAUCCCUCCUUCCUCCAGGAACUAAGAAAGAUAAAAUAUCAAUCCUCACCAUUGCAAGAGAGCAAUUAACUUCUUUGCAAGGCGAGGUUUUGAAACUAGUAGAGAGGAAUCGGGAGCUAGCGGGAGAAAGAGAGAUGGAAAAUGAUCUACAACCUGAUGAGAGGUUUAAUGUUCAUAUAAGAUAUAUACCCGAAUCAACAUCUAGAGAAAGGGUUUUGGAUCUAAGAGUUGUUCACAAGGGAGACAACAUCAGGGAUGAUGAUUUGAUGAUAAGGCUUCUCGAGUUCUUGAAGAAAAUCAACAGUAUGAGUUUAGUAUCAAUCAACGCUCAGACUCGAGCUAAACAAGAUGGUGGUACUUCGGUUGUUUUCUUGAGCUUAAGGCUCAAGAUCGAGGGUGAAUGGGACGAAUCAGCCUUUCAAGUAGCAGUCCGAAGAGUUGUUGCUGACUUGGCUCACUGA